AUGAACGACCCUCAAUCCUACCCGCCGGUCUUCCGCCGCCGCCGACAAACCAGCAACGGAACCAUCCACGUCGACGAGGUAACCACCCAACACAAAUCACCUCACCUCGAGGCGGCGGUGCCGGUAAUAGAUCUGGAGCGGCCGGACGUGGGGAAGCUCCGGGAAGCGGGCCGGGAUUGGGGGUUUUUCCGGUUGGUGAACCAUGGUGUCCCCGAACCGCUUCUGGAGCAGCUCAAGACUCACGCCGCCGAUUUCUUCGCCCAGCCCUUCGACUCCAAACAGGCUCUGUUCUCCUCCGGCGGCGAUGGAACGGCGUCCUACUUCUGGGGCACGCCCAUUCUGAACUCGUCCGGUCGGACCCUGGAUAAGUCGGCCCAGGAGAUCAAUUGGGUUGAGGCCAUUAAUCUCCCUCUCUCUUCCUCUCAACUUCCUGCAACUUGUCAUCAUCCAUCGCUUCAAUCCUUCAGAACGCUGGUGGGAGAGUACGGGAAACACAUGGGCCGAAUCUCGAGGACGGUGGCGGACGCAAUGGGAAAGCUUGCGAGUUUGGAGUGCGGCGAUUACGUGUCAGAACCCACCGGCAUCAUCCGAGUUUACCGUUACCCGCAGGUUCCACCUCAGCAGCCGGCCGACGGGAUGCAAGCCCACACGGACAGUUCAGUGGUCUCGAUAGUGCUGCAGGACGACCAAGUGAGUGGCCUCGAAUUCCUGAAGAAUGAUGUCUGGGUGCCCCUCGAACCGGUCCCCAACACCCUCGUCGUCAAUAUCGGUGACAUGAUGCAGGCGAUUAGCGACGAUGAAUUUAGGAGCGUGAAGCAUAGGGUGAAGGUGAAGAAGUGCAAGGAAGACAGAAUAUCAAUAUGCUACUUCGUGUUCCCUGGAGAAGGGCAGAUAAUGGAGAGCUCCAAGUACAAGCCCUUUACUUACAGAGAGUUCCAGCAACAAGUGCAGGAGGACAUCAAGACGCUGGGAUUUAAGGUCGGGCUGGAGAGGUUCAAACGUUUGCCGGUUGAUCCACCGGCUACGAAGCUAGCAGCUAGUUUAAUUAACUAGCUCUGGUGCACUUUAUAUAUACAACUCUUUAAUUAAUACGCUUUUUAAUACGUACGAGACAUCUUUUUAUCGUGGUAAUAACUAAUAAGUCAAGGUUUUUCCAAUCUAAGAUAUAAUAAUUAGGUAAAAGCUUUGCCGACUAUAUAAUGUUGUUAUUACAUAUAUACCAAUAUUAAACAGCAGUCGGGUUGUCCUAGGGAAUGGGAUUCAGACACUAAGCCAAAGGGUUGGCUUAUUAAUAUCCUUCUUUAUUAAUAAUCCCUCUUCUCUAA